AUCAAGUUUGUCUCCAAGAUGAUGCCGUAUGAAAAACUGCAGCUUACAGGAUAUGGAUGGCUCCCCGUUGAGAUAGCGCUGAUGGUCCUUGCGAACAGCAAACCUUGCUCAAAAAUCCUCAAGAUUCUGGACUGGUACGAAGAGCGAAAACGCUACGUUGUCAUUCUGGAACGGCCUGAACCAUGUCUGGACCUCGAGGAAUUCUCCAGCAAGCAAGGUGGAUGUUUGACGGAGUCCGAGGCUUGCAUUGUGAUGUGGCAGCUGAUGGUGGCGCUGAAGCAUUGUAAGAGCCAGGGGAUACUGCACCGUGAUGUCAAGCCAGAAAACAUCCUGAUUCAGACCAACACGUGGCAAGUCAAGCUGUUUGACUUCGGUUGCGGAGACCUCGUCAAAGACUCCUACAAUUACUUUGCAGGCACACGUCAAUAUGCCCCUCCUGAGUGGUUCGUACAGGGGCAGUAUCGGGCAGACCCAGCUACCGUCUGGUCUGUGGGCGUGACGCUGUACAGGCUGGUGUGUGGCUGUCUGCCUUUCAGGACCCCUGAGGAAACCAAAACUGGCCAUUUGUUCUUCCCCGAAAGUCUGUCUCAAGGCAAGAAAGUACAAAGACUGAUAAGCUAUGGACUAAUUAAUAGCAGACUGAACUAUACCUUAUACACAGACUUGAGCAGAGAAAGAAGCAUCCAUUUAUUUUAAUGUAUUAUAUUUUAUGACUAUGAAUUAAUUAGUCAAUAUGAUAAAAUUGACAGGAAAUGUGUAGAGCUACAAGUGUGAGGAAUUUCUUAUGUACUCUACAGCAUUUUCUUUAAAGGAUUAUUUAUUGUAAAUCAGGUUCUUUAUGGGGUUAAGUAUUAGAUUCUUCUUUCUAUGUCUUUUUGAUUUAUGUACCUGGGUAUUGUGUAACAGAGUGCAGCGAUCUGAUCCGUUGGUGUCUGAGCCCCGAUGCAGAAGACAGACCCAGCCUGCAGCAAAUAGAGCUUCACCACUGGUUUAACUUACCAGAUUAGUGCCAGUUUACAGGAGACAGGGACCACAGCACUAACCUCCUCUUGGGGUCUUCCUCAGGAGUCUGCUGGAGCCUAUCCCAGCAUACACAGGGUGAAAGUCCAUCACAGGGCCACAUAUAGACAAACAACCACUCCUAUGGGCAAUUUAGAAUUACCAAACAACCUAAUGUGACUGUGGGAGGAAACCGGAGUACUCGGAGUAAACCCACGCAGGCACAGGGAGAACAUGCAAACUCCACACAGGCCCUAGCCUGUUCAACCCCGGGAUUCAAACCCCAGACCGUUUUGCUGUGAGGCAACUGUGCUAACCACUAAGACACAGUGCUGCCUCUUCUUAUCAUUGUAAAUAGUAAUAUGUUUUUUCAGUUUCAUGCUUUUGUUCAGAAUUGUACAGAACUUUUGUAUAGAAUUUGUAAUUAAUUAUAAAACUGUAAAUACAUCUGAAUUUAUUGUACA